AUUAACUCCGCACCUCAUAAAUGAUAGUAACUCCGCUCCGUCUCGAAACUCUAUCAACGGGACGUACAAAGCGACGAAACAAGUUAACCACCACCUCCUCCGCCAACGAUAAUGGCCGGUGGAGACGCGGCGUCCGUCGCCGGCGACGCCUUGCGCCUCGUCCGCGACGUGGCGCAGCUGUCCGAGGCCGGGUUCGGCGGCCCGUUCAAGAAGGACUGCACAGAUCUGUCGCGAAGGGUCGCGCUCUUGGCUCAUUUGUUCGAUGAGAUUAGGGACUUCGAGGCCAGUUCUCUGCCGUUGGAUUCCGCGUCGUCGUCUUCGGCGUCGUUUAGUUGGUUCUCCGAUCUGACGUUGACAAUUCAGGCUGUCAAACGGCUCCUAUCGGCUGCUGAUAACUUCGACUCGAAGAUCUCCUCUGAUGUUCCUGCCAAGAAGAUUGCCUUUCAGUUUCAAUGUGUGACUUGGAAGCUAGAAAAAACAUUGGGAAACUUACCAUAUGAUCAGUUUGACAUCUCAGAGGAGGUUCAGGAGCAGGUUGAAUUAGUAAGAGCACAAUUGGAAAGAGCCACCAAAAGAUAUGGUGGGCGUUCGACAACCCUGUCUCGUGCCUCAUCCCAGCCAGUACUAAACCAAGAAAUUGAUAUGCAGCCACGCAACCGCAGGGUAAUGGGAACCUUGCAUGUAGAAAAUAUAGGCAACAUUGAUCAUGAAGUCAAAGUCAGGGUGGCUCCUGUUCCCAAAGGAAAUGGUUCACGACGUCAUAAUGCUAAUCAAAUAAGUCAUGAAUCGGAGAUGCCAAGGAACUCGUCUGCAUCAACUGAGGUGCAUCAACAAAACAGUGUGGAUGAAAGUGGGGAAUUAAACACAACCAACAAUAGCUUGGAGGAGAGUAAAAAGGCUGAGUCCCCCGUUGUUCCUGAUGAUUUUCUUUGCCCAAUAUCUCUGGAAAUAAUGAGGGAUCCCGUGAUUGUUGCUACUGGACAGACAUAUGAGAGAGCUUACAUACAAAGAUGGAUAGAUUGUGGCAACACAACAUGCCCAAAAACGCGGCAAAAACUCCAAAAUCACACUCUUACGCCAAAUUAUGUAUUGAGGAGUCUAGUUACCCAGUGGUGUGCUAAGCACAAUAUUGAGCAACCAACAACACUGAUUAAUGGGCGGAUUAAAAAGAGUGAUGGAUCAUUCCGUGAUGUUAGCGGUGACAUACCUGCCAUUGAAGCAAUUGUUCGCAAGCUUUCAAGCCGGUCCAUCGAGGAACAAAGGGCUGCGGUGGCCGAAAUCCGGUCACUGUCCAAAAGAAGCACUGAUAAUAGGAUACUAAUAGCAGAGGCAGGAGCUAUUCCACUGUUGGUUAACCUGUUAACAGCAGAGGAUGGUUUAACUCAAGAAAAUGCUGUGACAUCUAUUCUUAACCUCUCUAUAUACGAAAACAACAAAGGGUUGAUAAUGCUUGCUAAUGCCAUUCCGUCUGUCGUACAAGUCCUUAGAGCUGGAAGCAUGGAAGCAAGAGAGAAUGCAGCGGCAACCCUUUUUAGCUUGUCGCUUGCAGAUGAAAACAAGAUAAUCAUUGGCGCAUCUGGUGCAAUAGCAGCUUUGGUGGAAUUGCUCCAGAGUGGAAGCACAAGAGGGAAGAAAGAUGCUGCAACAGCACUGUUUAAUUUGUGCAUUUAUCAAGGAAACAAGGGAAGAGCUGUGAGGGCUGGGAUUAUUACGGCGUUAUUGAAAAUGCUUAGUGAUUCAAGCAAUUGCAUGGUGGAUGAAGCUUUGACUAUACUAUCAGUUCUUGCUAGCUACCAAGAGGCUAAGGUUGCGAUUGUAAAAGCUAGCACAAUACCGGUCUUGAUUGAUCUUUUGAGGACAGGAUUGCCGCGUAACAAAGAGAACGCGGCUGCCAUUCUACUUUCUUUGUGCAAGAGAGACGCAGAGAAUCUUGGGUGUUUAAGUAGGCUUGGUGCUGUAAUACCUCUAUCUGAGUUAGCCAAGAGUGGCACUGAAAGGGCGAAGAGAAAGGCUACUUCCUUGUUGGAGCAUCUUCGAAAGCUGUCGCGGCCCUAACAGGUUUACUUCCGCAGAUAACUUGUUUCUGAGGAACUGUAAUUGUUUCAUAUUUUUCGUUUUUUUCCCAAGAAUUAGCGUUACACAGUUCUGUUCAGGUUAUCAAAACUGAGUACAGAAGCAUGAGAAUACAAUAUGUUCUCAGAGCUUUCUUUGUUUUUUUCUUUACACGUUUUGUGUUCAGGUUAUGAAAACCGAGUACAGAAGCUUGAGAAUAACUUAUUCUCAUAGCUUUAUUCGUCUUUACAGGUGUGGUGAAAUUCCAUUGAAUCUGUUGUUUGGUGAUUA